AUCCCUUCUUCUGUUGACAGCAGAGGGACCAUGUGACCUGCGGUUGAGUACACCAGGAAUCAUCACUUCAGCAUAUAAAAGGAUGCGUAUUCCGCCACCAAAAUCUCGAUAGGAACAAGCACCAAACCCGAUAGAUCAAGCAUCUGAGUAACAACCUCUCAAAUAUCAGUCAUGCAUCUCUCCUACCUUUCUCUUUUCACUUUGGCUGCCUCCCUGGCAGCAGCCAUAGCUCCUCCUGCUGCAUCUCCUACCCCAACCACGCUCGUUGCAGUCUCCAAAGUCAACAGCGCGGCAGCAGCCGCAGCCCCCAGCCCUACCCAGCCAGGCAUCGCCUCAAACUGCAACGCGUACCAUCUGGUAGCGAGUGGUGAGACCUGCGCCAGUAUCGCGACGACAGCCGGCAUCUCCCUGACUGACUUCUAUUCGUGGAACACCGGCGUCGGCAGCGGGUGUACCGCCCUGUGGCUGGGGUACUAUGUCUGCGUUGGGGUGGGAUCAACGGCGACAACCACCACCACAAGUACCACCACGACCGCUGCGGUGUCGACUCCCACCCCCAUUCAGACGGGCAUGGUGAACAACUGCAAUACCUUUUACCUGGUCGCGUCGGGCGAUACGUGUACCACUGUUGCAACAAAGGAGGGGAUCACUGUGCCGAACAUUGUGACCUGGAAUCCGGCCGUGGGGACGGGAUGCACGAAUAUGUGGUAUGGAUACUAUAUCUGUGUGGGAGUCUCGGGAUGAGCUGAGCACGAGGAGAUGUGCUGGUGGCUGUGAAAUGGGAAUUGUGGAUGAGGGGUGUCAUGCUUCUACUAUAAUGGGCUGUUGCAUGAUGGGUAUGUCUUUCGAUGUUGCACAAGGAAUUUGUUGAUGUCAUUGUUCCAUGACCGAGUCCGGCCG